UCGAGAGAAGCGCAGCUUGCCGGUACCCGGAGCCGCCCUGCUGCCGCUGCCUCCUCCCUCCGUUCGCGGUGGGCCCGUCAGUCUCCGCACUGUGCGCUCCUCCGUGUGGGCCAUGGAUGGUGUUGUUACAGAUCUUAUAGCAGUCGGUUUAAAGCGGGGAUCUGAUGAGCUUCUUUCUUCCGACAUCGUUAACGGACCUUUUACCAUGAACAGUUCCACUCGUUCUGCAGGUGUGUAUGCUAAUGGGAAUGACAACAAGAAAUUUAAAGGAGAUAGACCUCCCUGUUCGCCUUCCCGUGUUCUCCAUCUUCGCAAAAUUCCAAGUGAUGUCACCGAAGCAGAGGUCAUAUCAUUAGGUCUACCAUUUGGCAAAGUAACUAAUCUUUUGAUGUUGAAAGGAAAAAGCCAGGCUUUCUUAGAAAUGGCUUCUGAGGAAGCUGCUGUUACUAUGGUGAAUUAUUACACUCCUGUUACUCCUCACCUUCGAAGCCAGCCUGUUUUUAUUCAGUAUUCCAAUCACAGAGAACUUAAGACUGACAAUCUACCUAAUCAAGCUAGAGCCCAAGCUGCACUGCAGGCUGUCAGUGCUGUCCAGUCAGGAAGUCUGGCCCUUCCUGGAGCUCCUGCUAAUGAAGGCACGGUCCUACCUGGGCAGAGCCCUGUGCUCCGAAUAAUUAUUGAAAACCUCUUUUAUCCUGUUACCCUGGAAGUUCUUCAUCAGAUAUUUUCUAAAUUUGGCACAGUCUUAAAGAUUAUCACCUUUACAAAGAAUAAUCAGUUUCAAGCCUUGCUUCAGUAUGCUGACCCAUUGAAUGCACAUUAUGCCAAAAUGACUCUGGAUGGCCAGAAUAUCUAUAAUGCAUGCUGCACUCUGCGUAUUGACUUCUCCAAGCUUACCAGCCUUAAUGUGAAAUAUAAUAACGACAAAAGCAGAGACUUCACUCGCUUAGACCUUCCUACUGGUGAUGGCCAGCCAUCCCUUGAACCCCCUAUGGCUUUCGGUGCACCAGGAAUAAUUUCCUCACCAUAUGCAGGGGCUGCUGGAUUUGCCCCAGCCAUUGGAUUUCCUCAAGCUACAGGUCUGUCAGUCCCAGCUGGACUAGGUCCCGGAGCUCUUGGUCCUCUCGCAAUCACCUCCUCUGCCGUCACUGGAAGGAUGGCCAUUCCUGGGGCUGGUGGUAUACCGGGAAAUUCUGUUCUACUUGUCACCAAUCUUAAUCCUGAUCUUAUUACACCACAUGGACUUUUUAUCCUAUUUGGAGUAUAUGGUGAUGUACAUCGAGUGAAGAUAAUGUUUAAUAAGAAAGAAAAUGCAUUGGUUCAGAUGGCAGAUGCAAAUCAAGCUCAGCUAGCAAUGAACCAUCUGAGUGGUCAGAGACUUUAUGGGAAAGUGCUUCGUGCUACACUGUCCAAACAUCAAGCAGUUCAGCUUCCUCGAGAGGGACAAGAAGACCAAGGUCUGACUAAGGAUUUUAGCAAUAGUCCUUUGCAUCGCUUUAAAAAGCCUGGCUCUAAAAACUUCCAGAAUAUUUUUCCACCAUCAGCUACUCUGCAUCUUUCCAACAUCCCCCCCUCUGUUACAGUAGAUGAUCUGAAGAACCUUUUCACAGACGCCGGAUGUUCAGUGAAGGCUUUUAAAUUCUUUCAGAAAGAUCGCAAAAUGGCACUCAUUCAGUUGGGAUCUGUGGAAGAAGCAAUCCAGGCUCUCAUUGAACUUCAUAACCAUGACCUUGGAGAAAAUCACCACCUCAGAGUUUCCUUCUCAAAAUCUACAAUCUAACUUUUCUGUGAAUUUUUCUCCUAAGACUGGACCAUAAUUUUAGUAAAACCCUUCAGACAUAGACUGAAGCAGCUCAAGACCAAUUCUGCCUCUUUCACAAAAAUAACUCUUCCUGAGUUUGAUAUUCAAGUAUAUUCAAAAAAUCAUGGGAUGUUCUCUUUUCCCUUAAACCCUCUGCCAAUACGUCACCAGAGGCGUGUUUUUCCUGUCCCAUAGUUUCUAAAAUGAAAAUAAUCUUCAGGAAAAAAGAAUCAGGAAAAAAUUUUUUUUCAAUAAUUUAAUUCCCUAUAUAAAAUUGGAUUUCAAGAGGAUGGUCUUUCUUUUCGUUUGGGUCCAGAUCAGCCUUAUACAACAUUUCUAAACUCCUUUGUACUUUGAAAAAUUUAAACAUAUAGACUUUUAAAAUUACUUGACAUAAGUAAUUUAAAUUACCUACAACCAAGAUUUUAACUGUAUGAUUCAGAAGUUUGACUCCUCUAGAAAACUGUGUUCCCUUAUAAGUUACAUCAGUUAUUUGGCAUAUACUGAUACUUACUAUACAUAAACAAAUUGGGUUGUAUUGGAAGCAAAUUUAUAAAUCUGCGUGUUUUCUUUCACUUUUUUUUUCCACUGUAAGACACUCCUUUGCAUAUCUUUAACUUUUUAAGACUAUUUGGAGAAUGAAGUGUCUCAACUGUCUCCAGGGAAAUUAAGUGGAAUCUAACCAGGAUCUAUUAAGAUGUCAGAAUAAUUAAUAAUUUUAUUAGGAAAAAACAUGUUUUAAAUUUCAAAAGGACACUUGCCGAAUAAUAUAAUAUGAUCUUGGAAAAUUUAAAAAGAAAAAUAAUCCUACUUAUAAACUACUUUUUUAUAGUUGUUUUCAGAAAAAAGUUUACAGUCUUAAGGAAAAUAUUCAGGUCUAUCAUAUGGUUUGACAGAUUUUUUAAAAGUUAUUUUUGGUAAAGUCUUCUUUUAGAAAAAAAUCAAUCUCAAGGGUUUUUUGUACCACUAUAAUCUCUAAUACUUAUUCAGAAUUACUGUGUAUUUACUUAAUUUCCUAUUAUGUGCCUUAUUAUGUGCUUAUGAUAUAAUAGGUUAGACUUUUAUCUAAGUAUCUUGAAAGCUAUAUCGUGGGCUUGGUGAGCAUUUGUUUUUUCUUUCCCUGUUUUGGUAAGAAUUUUAAAGUUUUUUUCAUUGCAAUUUUAAGUGAUUUUCAAUAACUACUAGUUUCUAUUCAAAUUUUUGGUGCUUUGGUGUAGAGAUGGGGUGAGGAAGGGUUAAAUGGUUUGGGGAAUAACUCAGUGCACACCUGUAGGCCUCUUCAUGUUGUGACCAAUAGUGGUCAUUGCCAGUUAUAGCAUACCAAUUUGGGGCUAUAACAUGCAGUCUCAGUUCUGGAUCUUGUCUGAUCUUUAUCACCCAUUAGAAUUUGUCUCAGGAUUACUUGGUUUUUGUCAUAUACUCGUGAGAACUUGCUUUUCUUUGUUAAUGUAACUUCAUUACUGAGUGCCCACAUAUAUGGAGUAUGAGAAGGUGGAUUCUUUCUCAUACUCUGUCCCUCUUUUUAGUUGAAUGUGAGAGUACAUUUUAAUGUUGCUUCAGUGAUUGUAUAAUGUAAAAUUGUUUCUUUUUAGUUAGAUACUUUGCUUUUGUUAAUUCCUUCAGUGCUUGAUCGGAUUUUUUUAAAGCAGAAUUUGUUAAAAGGGUCAUUUUUGUCCACCCCUUUUACACUUUUCAGAUUCUCAGAGUGGUUCAUCUCACCUUUUAAAAGAAUAUCUCAAUUUCUUUGCUAUAUUCCAGCCAUUAAUUCGAACACAGGAAGAAAUUUUAUAAAAAAUUGGAGACUACAAAAGAUAAUUGUUAAAAAGCAGAAUUCACUCAACGCUGAGCAACAAUUAGUUAUUAGAAUACAAAGGAGGACACUAUAUUGAGAUCUUUCAAAUGGAUCAAUUUUACUAUUGGCUGAUAGGUAUAAUCAUUUAUCUAAUUUUUAUUUUUUUCACUUAUGAAAUAUAUUUUUACCAAAACACUGAGUAAGAGGGAAGGGGGAAAAAACGAUUUCUUUAAGAAAUCUCCCCAAAUUGCUUCAUUUUUUUCCUUCCAUACAGGCACUAUUAUAAUUUUCAGUGACAUGUUAAAUUGGUUUUUUUUUAGUUAGGAAUUACUGUGUAGUUUUAAUUCAUGAUUCCUAUAACAGUCAGUGUAAGUGUAGCAGAAGUGUAGCAGAAGGGAGAUCACAAUGGUAUUGAAUGUAAUUUUGAAGUAGGGAAUGGCCUUCAUAUUUGAGAGAGAACAUUUGAAUCCUUUUCAGGGAUUUGUGCGCGCGCGUGUGUGUGUGUGUAUAGAUAAGUGUAUAUACAUACAUACACUUUUCUAGUGUUGUACAUACAUAUGCACAUUACGUACAUCUUAAUUUAUUGACAAAGAACAUUAAUCAAAUUAAGAUUUGGAAAAGGUGAGAUAUUCUUGUUUAAAAUAGUGUGUUUGCAACCAUCAAUUUGUGUCUAAAAUUAGCUGUAGCACAUGGAUAUUGUCCAUAUUGGGCUAUUUGCUCUUUGAAUUAUAGAGGUCUACAGUAUUUGUGUUGGUAUAGUUUCUGUAAAAAGGUUUUAAAAUAUCAGGGCAGUGGAAAAACUAGAUCUUUGUAUUUUUUGCUUUGGCAUGCAUGUAGUUGAUAUCUUCUGAGCAAUGUUUAUUUUUGCUGUUGAGCUGUCAUAGUAUCCUAUUUUUAAGUUUAUUUACUUAAUUUUAAGGAGUAUUGUCUUAUUUUUGGAGGUGUCUGACUUUGACACAAAGUAUGUAUAUUCAGGACUUUAUUAAAAAAUAGCAGUACAUGUUUAACAGUAGCAAUUUAUGCCAAAAAGUUCUACUUUGAGAUUUAAAUAACUUGCAUAGCAGUAAAUUGUUUUUCCUGUGAGAUACAAAUAGAAAAAUAACCUUAAUAAUUUGAUAACUUACAGGAGAGUAUCAGAAUUACCCAAUAGCUCCUGCAGAAUGCCAUAAAUUCGUUAUUUAAGGCUAAAUAUUGUUAUGUUAAUUUGUAGUAAUGUUUCUGAUUUGUUGAAAGUUGCAAAUCUCACAGUUUUUAGAGACGCAAUUUUUGCCUGCCUAUUCCUUAUGGAAGCAAUGCCUUUUUUUGGCUCCACCUAGGAUGGUGAUUAUAGGUUCUGCUUCAGUUGAUUAAAAGUAACUCUCAUGAAUGUCUCUGAUCAGUUUUAUAUAAACUUUUGAAAGCUUCCAUGUCAUUAGGCAGCAAAGGUUAUACAUUUAUAUUAACAUGUAAUUCCUCUUCGGUUUCCACUAAGUAUUUUUGGACAAACGAUGACAAGCUCAAAAGUAUGUAUCGCCCCCCCCCAACCCAGUGAGUCACUUAAAAGCCCUGUUUGCCAAACUAUCAGCCUAACUCUUAGAAAACCUAGUGUGUACUGCUAUUUUUAAAACCAAAAAGACAGCAUGACUAUGCGUAAAAGCAUUUUUCUUAACUUUUCCUUUGUCUUGAUCUGUUGUUAACAAGAAUAAAACUGCCAGACUUAAAAUAUUCUACUGUUGUGCUAAAAGAAAUACAAUUUAGAUUGCACAGAACUUUUUCUUUAAAGAAAAUAUAACUCAGCUGUCUUUUAAGAGCUGUGUUAUUGUCUACAAGACUAUUUGCAGUCUUUUUUCAGAGCAAAUUUUAACAGCUAGUUGUGAAUGAUUUAAAAAAUAGAAAAUUACUAAAAUAUUAGUUUUGGGGGUUUUAUAGAGGGAGAAAAACAAAACAGGACCAAAGGUUAUGUGCCUUCUUCAGUAGUCUUAAUUGAUCUUUUCUUCCUAUUUGAGACUAAGGUAGUAUCAGUAUUCUGGUUUUCAGGAAAUACAUACUAUAGUUUUAAAAGAAUGUUGUCCCACACACCAUCCGUUCAAGCAAACAGUUGUAACUGUAAAAUGAAGUCUCAGUUACACUUUUUGCCUUCAUCACAUAAUAUUCAUUAUAUAGCAUUGUGCAGGUCCAAGAACAGAGCUGCUCGUAAUCUUUGUGGUAGUCAUCUUAGUUUCUGUAACCAGAGGCAUAUGUUCCAGAGAACAGGGAUAUUUUUCUGGUCCAGUGACCUUGGUGAUAAUAGUCAUGAUUGAAAGCUGCUCAUGGCAAGCUUAAAUCAGCACGGUAAACAGAUUUUUGUUGUUGUUGUUACAUUAUUUUUAGUUCUUGAAUCUAUGUAGUAGUUGUAAUAACAAAUAUUUAAAUAGCUAUUUUUGAUGUCAUUAAAAAAAAUCAUACUCUAGCCUUUUUUCCCCCUUACCAUUGUUACUCAGAUCUUUAAAAAAUUCAUCCCACAUCCAAAAAGUACUAAUUAUAAAGACUGCUGACCAAGCAAAGUUUUGCAUCAAAAUGUCACCUCAUUGCUCUGACCAAAGACUGACUGUUCUGGUUUUGACUCCUUUCUGUUAAGCAUUUCUUUUCCCAAGCUCCUUUCUGAAAGAAGAUCCAGUGCAAAGCGGCCUUUACUUUCUAUUUCCUAUCGGCGAAUAGACUACUUAGAGAAAAUGGGAGUUUAAAUGUGAACAGAAUGGAUUAGGACAACAUGGGUUUUAUGGGCAUUUUCAGUACUGUAUUUAAGAAAAAAAAAAAAAAUAGCACAGCUAGGAGCCUCUGACAUUGUCUCGUGUUUUAUGUGGUCUGUUCAUAAAAUUCCCUUUUUCAGUUUAUAAGAAUGUUCAUCUAACAGAAGAAAAUGCUGUAAAUAUUUGUAACAACAUUUUUUAAAACCAGGCCGAAAAAGAAAAAAAAAACGGUUUUUGGGAACAAGUUAACAUAUAAAGUGGUUUUAUAUAAAACAUCAGUUGUCUUGUAUAUUUUGAUAAGCAGCAGUACCAGCUUUCAUUUGUAACACAGUUUGUGGCAUUGGAAGAAAAGGAUUCUGUGAUUACUGAAGUGAAUUAUGUUAUAAAUGCAAAGAGAAGAUAAAAUAUUAAAAAACAUUUUCUAAGUGCGUAGUGCAUGGUUAAUUCAAGCUUCUGUACACUACAAUAUAUUCCAUUUUUGUUUGUGUAUUUGCUGACUAUUACUUGAUAUCUCUAAUCUCUUUCCUAACAAGUAUAGCAUUGUAGCAUGCCUUUUAAUAAAUGUCAUGACAUCUGUACUCUCUUAAAAAUAUUUCUGUGUUCUUGUCUGUACUUUGGGUUUCCCCUUGUCUUACCUGUAAUUCUAAUGAUGUCAUAUUUUCUUUGUCAUAGCCAUCCAUCUAAACUUGUUAUAGUGAGAGCAUAGCAAGCACAUAUUCAUACCACUUUAAAAACUGAAAAACCUUAAGUGUACUAAUCACCUCUCUUUUACUUAAGGAACAGUUCUCAUUUUGAGAAACAGAAUGCUUUUCUAACCGUCCUACAAAUAGCUUCUUCAGUGGCACACCCCCUUUGUACAAGUACAUGUUGGCACAUUUGCAUGAGUGAUGUCUUUCGCUCUCUUUCUGUGCAUCUCUCUCUCUCUCUCUCUCUCUCACACACACACACACACACACUAUAUGUGCAAUGCCAAAGAAGAGUUGGAACAUUUUUCCAGUUCAGUUUUUGACUUCCCUAGGGAUGAGUAUACAUAAAUUUUGAGACAUUUCGAGGUGUGAUCUCAAACCAAGUUUGUGUUUUUUUUUGAUGGAAGGGUAACACAGUUACCAGCUGCCUAUAUAUUGCUUUUCCAUAGGCAAAUGUUUUAUUUCUAGGUUCUUUAAAGCGUUAUUGGAUUGUAGGAGUCUAAGCAGUCAUUUAUUUUAAUCUUUUAUUCUAGGAUCUUUUUUUUUAAUGUUUAUUUAUUUGACUGCGUAGGGUCUUAGUUGCCACAUGUGGGAUCUUUCCUUGUGGUUCGUGGGCUCUUUGUUGCUGCGUGCGGGCUUCUCUAGUUGCAGCACAUGGGCUUCUCUCUAGUUGUGGUGCACAGGCUCUAGAGCACACGGGCUCAGUAGUUGUGGCACGCGGGCUUAGUUGCCCCGCAGCAUGUGGGAUCUUAGUUCCCUGACCAGGGAUCGAACCCUUGGAUUCAUUGGAAGGCGGUUUCUUAACCACUGGACCACGAGGGAAGUCCCUAUUCUAGGAUAUUUUUGCAAGUGGGAAUUUUUUCUUGGGGGGGGUGGGAUUUAUUUUUAAUGGAAUAGAAAACUAGGUAACUACUGCUGAUCUUUGCUGGCUCAUCUAAAAUCUAUUGUCUCCGUGAAUGUAACUAGAUCAAUUUUUUUUUUAAGAUCUAGAGGCAUUUUUAUCAGGAAAAGAUAAAAUAGCCCUAUGGCCAAAUAGGUUUUUAUAAAGUUGCUUGACCAUGAAAUGCUUAUUUACAGCAGAGGCUUGUAACCAUCAUUAACAGUCACAAAGUCUUGAGUAUAAAUGGAUCUAAGAGGCUACCUAGUUCAAUUUCCACCUUUUAAAGAUGAGUGGCUCAGAGAAGGAAGUGACUUGCCCAAGGCCACGUGCCAGUUAAUGGCAUAGUCUGGACUAGAACCCAGGUCUCCUUAACAUUAUCCAGUACUUUCCAUUGCACCCUGAUGUUGCCGUUCUGCCCUGCCAAGUGUUGUGAGGGUCAUGUUCUUGAAGGUCUGUACAUGGGGUUGGGGCGUUACUCUUCUGAGAACUGCCAAAACCAAUUUAAAGGCAUUGCAUAAGUGCUGGGGGUGUUUUUUCUGCUGAAGAGUAAAAAUGCCUACCUACUUCUGAAAACUUUAAAAAUGUAAUUUCAAGUUGCAAAUUUGAGAAAGCUAACUCUUAAAAAAGUAGUUACUACAGUAUAUGUAUUAGUUUGCUAGUGCUGACAUAAUAAAGUACCACAGACUGGGCAGCUUCAACAACAGAAAUGUGUUUUCUUACAGUUCUAGAGGUUAGAAGUCCAAGAUCAAGGUGUCACCAGGGUUGAUUUCUUCCGAGACCUCUUUCCUUGACUUGUAGGUGGCCAUCUUCUCCCAGUACCUUCACAUGAUCUUCCCUCUGUACGUGUCUGUAUCCUAAUCUCUUUUUAUAAGGACACCAUUCAUAUUGGAUUAGGACCCACCCAUCUGAUCUCAUUUUACCUCAGUUACCUCUUUAAAGGCUAUAUCUCCAAAUACAGUUACAUUCUGAGAUACUGGGGUUUAGGACUUCAACAGAAGAAUUUUGACGGGAUGUAAUUCAGCUCUUAACACUGUUCAGUGAAAAUUAUUCCUUCAGUUCACCAAGUACUGAUUGUACCAGAACUGAGCUUUGUGCUGGGAAAGAUAAUGAAAGGUUAGGGAUAUGGUGAUUUACCUUUUAGAACUGUGUAAUCUAGUGGAAAUGUCAGCCUAAAUCCAUAAAUCAAGUAGUCUUCAACUCUUUCCUUCAAUGGAAAGCCCCCCAAAUGGAUCAUAAGGCCUCCCUCUAGGCCAUUCUAACCAGAAUACACAUGGCUAAAGCUAUCCUACAGCUAAUUAUGAAUGUGUAGGAACACAUACCCUGCAAUAAUUAUUUCUAAGAAAUGUCAUUUCAGAGCAAUGAUCAUUUCUAAGACAUAUGCCAUUACUUGAACAGUUGCAGAAAUAAGAGGAUACUGUCAAACAAGCUGUACCCAAUUUUUAAUGCCCAACAUUUGUAAGUAAUUAAACUGGGAUGCUAUGUUAGGAAUAGUUAGUUAAAAGUAUUAAACCCACUUUGUUUACUGUUUGUGUGAUCCUACAUCAAUGAUUUUUUUUCUAUUGUCUACUUCCAAUGGAAAUUCUUCACUAUAUGUUUCUAUCAAAACAAUUUAUGUUGAACUUAUAAAAUUCUAUAACAGUUUUCUUAGAAUUAGUGCAUUUGUAAUCAUUGGGUUCAGGUGUAGAACUCCUACCUCUGCUAUUAUAAAAAAGUAUAAUUGAGUAGGAAAAGUUAAUGAGUGUAAUGUUCCAUGAAGAUCCCUUUAUCUAUUUUCUUUCAUUUCUAUGUUUGUUCUAAGGACAUAGGGUAACAGGAAAAACUCAUUGGUUUUGUUGGAAUAAAUUGCCCACAGUUCAGUUAAGUAAGCACCUAUAUCCUUGUUCUAUGCCUAAAAUUAUGGAAUUAUCUAAGUCCUUGAUCCUACAGAAAACAAAUGUCAAAUUCUAACCUGUUAAGAGAUUGUCUUUAGCCAAAUGAAAGCCAGUAUUAUAUGUUAGACAAAGUACACGUUAGGGCAACAGGCACUAUGAGAGAGAAAGAAAUUUCAUAACGAUGUAUUUUUAUAGUGGAAUACUUUAUACAAGUGAACACAAAGCUACGUAAAACCUACAGGGAAGAAUCUCACAGAUGUGAUGUUGAACAAAGGAAGCCAUACACAGAAGAAAGUGUAAUGUAUAAUUCUAUUUACAUCAAGUUCAGAAAUAGGGUAGUGGUUACCUUUGGGAAGGAGGUAAUUGAGGGCUUGAGGAGAGGUUUCUGGUUUGUGGUUAAUGUUUUAUUUCUUAACCUUUGUACCAGUUACCCAGGAGUGUUUACUUUCUGAUAAUUCAUUGAGCUUGUACACUUAGGAUUUGUGCAUUUAUCUGUGUAUUAUACUUCAAUUAAAAGGAUUUUGAAAAAUGAUUGUAAUUGAGCGAGGAACUGUAAACCAUUCUCCUAGCUUCUUAAAUCAGCUGAUUAUUCUACUCAGUAAGUAAGGCCAUGUUAUAAAGUACUCAAGAUACCAUGCACUGAGUUUCAUCAUGGCACUCUGCUGCAUAUCUGUAUAUUGCAUUUCUCUGACCAUGGCAUACCUAUGGGAAAAAUGUUUCUCUGACAAAACAAAAAUCACACCGUGUUUUCAAGUAAAUUUUAUCAUUUUGAGUGGUUUUACACUCCACUAGCUUCAGGAAAGAUUUCAUUAAUACAUUUUAGUUUUGUUUUUGCAAAUAUAAGCCUGAUCUGGUAGGUUGUUUGAUAUCUAACCCCUUAUGCAUUUCCAUCAAUAAAAGCCAGAAAAACCUACCUAGCUCUCUGGCAUCCUACGAGGAGACUUUAUACAAAAGGCUUAGCAGAACUUCUUGGCAUUAAGAAUCUUAUUAAGAAUCUUAUCUUAAAUAUAUACUAGUUAGUAUAGUAGGAUGGAGCCCCAUGUUCCCAAUACACAACUACAACUAGUGGCAACUCUUGUUUCAUCUGCUCUUCAUCCACUCCCUGGAUUAUUUUGAAACAAAUCCUAGUCUUCAUAUAAUUUCAUCUCUAAAUAUUUCAGUAUUUAUAAAUCCAUACUUUGCAAUUGUUGAUACAGUCUUUUAAUAUAUAGCUUUCCUUUCCAUCCUUUUUUUUCCCUUGCAACUUAUUUGUUGAAGAAAUUGAGCUAUUUUGUGAAAAUUCUAACAAUCUGGAUUUCGCUGAUAAUGUCCCCAUGAUAUUAUUUCUUUAAUAGGUCUCCCCACCUCAAAUUUUCUCUAAAUUGGGAGCUGCUUCUUUCCUUACCUCCUGCCUGCCUCCCUCUUUUUUUUUGGCAAGAAUAUUUCAUAGAUGGCACUGGGCACUUAUAUAAUGUGUCUUUUCUUGUGAUGGUAGUAGCCAUUGCUGAUCAUUGCAUCGGUCAAUUAAUAUUUAGGGAUUGCAGAAUGGCAAAGUUCUAUCUUUUUGUGUGAUAUAUUUGGAUUACUUCUAUGUAAUAAGAGAAACUUCCCAAUAUCAACUAUUUGGUUACUCUGAGGUACAAUAUCUAUAGGAAAGACAAGAUAAAUGCUUGAUUCUUCCACUUGCCUGUUUUUGAAAUAAUUACUUUGCUUCCUAUCAUGCUUCAAAAAUUUGUUUACCUUGGUUUUUUUUAAACUUGUGUUUUUAUGAAAAAUUUCAAACAUUUUUAAAAGUAGAAAGACUAGCACAAUGAAACUCAUGUUCCUGUCACCUAAAUAAUGCAUUCACAUUCAGUGUUUUAUCUUCUAUAACCAUACUCAUUCUGUCCUUCUACUUGGAAAAUUAUUGACUUAAAUUCAUUUUACACAGUAGUUUUCAAACUGGUUAAAAAGUUGUAUAUAAUAUUUAAAAUUUUCUGCCUUGGGACUUGCCUGGUGGCGCAGUGGUUAAGAAUCCGCCUGCCAGUGCAGGGGACACGGGUUUGAGCACUGGUCCAGGAAGAUCCCAUAUGCCACAGAGCAACUAAGCCCAUGCACCACAACUACUGAAGCCCACGUGCCUAGAGCCCGUGCUCCAAAACAAGAGAAGCCACUGCAGUGAGAAGCCCGCGUACUGCAAUGAAGUGUGGCCCCAACCAACGCAACUAGAGAAAGCCUGCUUGCAGAAGUGAAGACCCAGCGCAGCCAUAAAUAAAUAAAUAUCCUUCUUCAGAAAAAAAUUUAUGCCUAAUUGGUAAUUAUAGCCAUUUUUAAAUUGCUGGUUGUUUCUGCUGUGCCUUUUUUUUCCUUCAGUCAUCUUGCCAGAAGAAUUUUUAAGAACCUGCUUUUCACUUGUUUUGAUCCCCCAAAUAAGUUUAUUUUUUAGUUCAUUAAUUUCUUUUUAAAUGCUGUCUUUGGAUUUAUUGAUAUGUUGUGGUUCUUCUGCAAAAGACUUUUGGUGUGUUAAUCAUAGCUGUCUGCUUUGAUUGCCUUGUUUAUCCUAAUUUCCACUGCAUAUGUAUCCCUUAUGACAAAACAGUAAAUAUGGGCUUGAGAGUGAAAUAAAACUAGGUAGGAAUAAAAACUUACUUG